AUGGUUGUUAAUCUACACUCGCUGGCACUCACAAUGGCUCAGUUUAAUUCUCUCUCGAAUCGUGCAACUCUGCUACCUUGUGUGUCGCAACAAUGCUGCUUUCUCUCUCGAAGUGUCCCACCGUAUCGCGCUCCUCUGUCAAUCCUCGUGCUCCUUCUUUUCACCCACACGCAGGCUUGGUUUUGGCCCCUGCCAAUUACAAAAUCUCGACUACGUGUACACGUCUCCCCCCGAUCACACCACGACUUCCGCCUCCUCUCCCUCCCGCCGUGGCCCGGAAAAACGUUUUUCCGGGCUCAUGCAAGUUCUCGGAUAAACUCGCGCUUCUUUCUUGCCCCACGCCCAAUAGGAACGUCCGGUUCCGCUUCGGCCGUCGAGGUUUUUCCGGUCCCGGACACCUCUUUACCCGGGGAAACGGAAACCGCCAGACAACGCCGGACGAAGGCCUAUUUUUCCACCAUAAAAGUUUUUCCGAGCUGCAGCUGCGUGUCUUGGAUCUGGCACCGAAGCCUUCGAGCUAGUAGCAGUAGUAGCAGUAGCAGAAACACAGCACAGCUUCAGGGAAACAAGUUGCGCUACCCGCAACCCACCAUUAUACGGACAGUUGUGCUUACGGAGACGAUUCCAGUGGGGCAAGAAUAA